CUCUACAGCUGAUCUGGCGGCGUCCAGUGAGGUGGCUCUCCUCCCAGCAGGCAGUGCGGGAUCCGGAGCAGUGACGUCACGCGGUUGGAGACGUCUGAGGAGUGACGUAGAGGGUUGGCGCGGUGUCCGGAGUCCUGCUCUCUGCGUCUCUUCCGGGGUCUUCCCAGUGAUGGCCGCUCGCCUCUUCCCAUCUCAUUGUCUGUAGAUCACAAUCCAUGGAGAAAUCUUACGUGUGGAUGGAGGAUUCCAUCAGGAGAACGUCUGAGCUGGGGCGGCAGGUGCUGGAGCGGGCACAACGCAGGGACGUGGACUGGUGGUCUGCACGUGGACAGGACCCUCAGAGUCCCGAGAUCCCAGAGGAGGAUCGGCUCCAGCGCUUAGAAGACGCCUUCAGCACGCUGUCACGCUUCAUGCACCACACAACGGAGCGGUGUGAGAGGUAUCACAGCUCUAUCCCUGCGCAGGCGAUGAACCCGAGUGAAAUCCAGCACAUCUCCAGAUUUCACCGGACCAUGCCGCUGAAGCCGCAAACAGGUUGGACCUCGGCCGCUGCCCCCCCUCAGUCCUCUGGGAGAAACAGAGACCCUCGAGACGUGUACAUUGAAGUUGCUCCUGGAACGUACAGGAUCUCUGCCCGGUCCCCCAACCUCCAGAGUCAGACCCACCUGGUGAACAUCACCCCCGGGCAGAGCGUGGACCUCACCUUCAAUGUGUAGUCUACAUCCCAGGGGGAAGGGGGUCAGUACAAGUGGAGCGCCCCUUUAAUACUACCUAUCAUUGAGCUGUAUAAGAAGACUGGAGCGCCCCUUUAAUACUACCUAUCAUUGAUCUGUACAAGAAGACUGGAGCGCCCCUUUAAUACUACCUAUCAUUGAUCUGUACAAGAAGACUGGAGCGCCCCUUUAAUACAGUCUGUCAUUGGAGUUCCCCUUUAAUACUGUAUGCUGUUCCUGAAGAUUUGUGUUCUGUGUGGCAGGCAGUCAUGACUCUGCUCUACGGGGACAGACGCCUCUGUUUUCCGGAAACUCUACGGUGGAUUUGUUUUUUUAGACACCAUUAAAAUGAAUUGAAUAGAUGAUCAGGUUGGAUGUAAAAAAUCUGAAAAAUCCCUGAAAAAGCAGUCGGCAUCUUAUAUCUCAGGCGCUGAUUGUUGCAUGUCCUGCAAGGAUUUAAGAAUUACAUUUAUGUGAGGAGCAAAAUGCAAAACUCUAUAAAUUUCUAGUGAUUGGGCAGCGCUGUGUAAGCGCUGUAAUACCGCCGGCAGACUGCAGAGGG